UUCUUUAACCUGAAUGUGCAAUCAAACUCCUCUUAGAUCUAUGGCUCUCGAUUCUUCCGGAAAACAACCUGAGCAGCAACAACAACCGCGAGCCUCCUCUGGAAACGGCGAAGCAAGAUUGAAACUUCGGAGAACCCCAAAUGAAGAACAUGAGCCUGAGAACUAUGAAGAUCUACCUUUGGACUAUAGUCCUUCUCUGUUUAGCUCUCUUGAGCGUUACUUACCUGAGCAGCUUCUCAAUUCCACACGAAUCGAUAAAGCUAGUUUCAUGAGAGACCUUCUUCUCCGAUAUUCCCCUGAUACUGAGCGAGUUCGGACUCUGAGGCAUAAAGAAUACAGGGACAAAAUCAUGUCUUCUUACCAACGUAAGCAUGGAGAGAUCUAUACUCUUGACCCUACUAGUUUCUUUACGCCAUCGUUUCUUAGAGCUUUUAGUGGGAAGUCAGAGCCGAAUUUCAGAAAUAUUAUGGUUGAACCUUAUCCUGGGAUUUUCACUUUUGAAAUGUUUAAACCACGGUUUUGUGAAAUGUUACUUGCAGAGGUUGAACAUAUGGAGAAAUGGGUUUAUGAUUCAAGAUCCACAAUAAUGAGACCUAAUACGAUGAACAAUUUCGGUGUUGUCCUUGAUGACUUUGGCUUUGAUAGCAUGCUUCAGAAGUUGGUUGAUGACUUUAUUAGUCCUAUAGCUCAAGUUCUGUUCCCAGAAGUCUGUGGAUCCUCUUUAGAUUCUCACCAUGGCUAUAUUGUUGAAUAUGGAAAAGAUAGGGAUGUUGAUCUUGGGUUCCAUGUGGAUGACUCUGAGAUUAGUUUGAAUGUCUGCUUGGGCAAACAGUUUUCUGGUGGGGAGCUGUAUUUUCGCGGUGUGAGAUGUGAUAAGCAUGUGAAUUCCGAUAGCACUGAAAAGGAAGUUUAUGAUUACUCUCAUGUACCUGGUCAUGCCAUUCUUCAUCGUGGACGUCAUCGCCAUGGUGCUAGAGCAACAACUUCUGGACACCGAGUCAACUUGAUUUUGUGGUGUAGAAGCUCAACUUUUCGAGAGAUGAAGAAUUAUCAGAGAGAUUUCUCAAAUUGGUGCGGAGGAUGCAAACUUGAGAAACAGAGAAGGCAGCGUGAUUCGAUUAAUGCAACUAAAGAGAUACUGGCUAGGAAAGCUGCAGAGAAGACACUUGUUGAGCUGGCUUCAAAAUCUUGUGCCGACUAAACAGAACAAUGAUAUGUCAAAAACCUCACCUUCUUUGUAUUAUUCCCCAGUGGCUGUGUAUAGGAAGGCAAGUUAAAUCGUUUGUCUGUAAGCAAGCAUUAGAUACCUUUGUCAUAGGUAAAUUUUGUUCCAUUUUUCAGAUUGCUGCCUGUAACAAUAAAUUUCUUAGAUUGAA